UGUAAAAAUAAAAGACAACAAAAAUCACAGUCCUGACAGGUCCGAGAGCGAGCGUCUCCUCCGCCAGUCUCCUGGAGGAGGGAUAACUAUAAUAAUAAUAAAUAAGAAUAAAUAAGGUGCGCAGCAGCUCUCCACACUUCAACCGGAGGAAAUCACUUUGCGACGCUGAUCUGAAGGAGGUGCGAGUGUUUUUGAUCGUCGUCCCCGCUUCUGAUCCUAGACGAGGUUUCUUCGGAUGAGACAACAGUUGAGAAGGGGGAGAAAGGGGUGAACGGAUCCGGAUUAAGGUGCUGGGACAGUCGGUGAAAGGGAAGCGCACACACACACACACACACACACACACAGCCUGGCUGGUUCAUCAGGAUUGCGAUUGCCUUACGUAACUGAGCUUUGUGGAGGGACUGGCAAGGAAAUCUGCUGGUUUGAUCACAGCCAGGAAACGCAGGUGAAGGGACAGAAGUACAGUCACAAGUUUGUCCAUCCACUCAGCAUGCUUGGUGAAGACACUGUCUGUCAUCACCAGUGAGUACGUCAAGAUGGACGAGGGCUACAGGCAGGGAGGAGGGGCUAUCACUGUGGAGGCUGAUGUCAUCCUCCACGCCGUGAACCCUGACCUUGUCACGCCUUCUGACAAAGAUGGGAAAAUAUGUCCAGGUUAUGUCCAAGGAUUCCUGCAGGAUGAGCAGGAUUUCAGCCCCCCUCCGGUGUUUGAGAAGGAAUACCUGUUGGAUGGAAGACUGAUGGAGAACAACCAUGUCGAUCAGCAGAAAGGUAACGGCUCGUACAUCCCAAGAGCUGAUAAGUUUCAACUCUCCAGUGUUAAGGGAUCUCAGGAUCUUCCUCUUCACGCUGGCUCUACUGUGUCCAAUCACAUUGCUGGCACGCAACAAAAUUGUGCAAGCGGUGAAAUCCACAAUGGCGCCAGAGCUAAAAUGUCUUACAAUGCAGAUUCCUCCGUAUGCUUGCCUAGCCAAGCCAAACAGGAAACUGAUUGGUCGGUCCUUAAAUCGAACCUCGAGCCCAGGGACAGCAGCCAGGAAGCUGAAAAUGCACAGUCUAAAAAAGAGCCCGAUUUAGUCAUCGAAGUCGGUGGGCAGACGAUCAACGCUCACAAGUCUGUCCUGGCAGAGAAGAGUGACUACUUCAAAGCACGUCUGUCACGAGACAUCCUUAAAGUGAAGGGCGUGAGUUACAAGACUUUGUCUACAUUGAUAGACUAUGUUUACACUUCUAAAAUGAAUGUUUCCAAGAACAAUGUUGUAGAUGUCAUCACUGGGGCUAAAAUCCUCCAGAUCCCCUGUGCCGUCCAGGCAGCCAUGGACUCCAUGUCUGCACAAAUCACCGCAGAGAACUGCUACGAGAUUCUGACCAUCGCCAAAAAGCAGCGACUGAGUGAACUGAAGGAGACUGCCUACGGAUUUAUGAGCGACAACUUCCUCCAGAUCCUCAAAGACCCCGCUGUGUACGGGCGUUUGACCGGAUCUGAGCGGGAUCUAAUCCUGAAGAAGAGAAUGGAUGGGAGGAAGACUCUGAUGGUAGCAGAAAUAAACGAUGUGUUCGAUCGCGUUGGGAGUCGACCUCCGAGCCGCUGUGGCAGCCGACCACAGAGCCCAUUGUCGGUUGGGUCCUUGGAGGAGAAUCAUAUGAUUUACAACUUUAAUGAAGCAGCAAAUGACUGGAGACCUUUGACUGCGAUGCCUGAAGACAUAAACACUAAAGGGUGCGGGAUGUGCACCAUGUAUAACUACCUGUUUGUGGCUGGGGGAAUAAAGGGCUACGGGGACAAAGGCAAGGUUUCAGACAAGGUCUUCUGUUACAAUCCCAUAACCAACCAAUGGGCUGAGGUCAGACCUCUGAUCCAAGCUCGUGCCCAGCUAAAGCUUGUGUCUAUGGAUGGAUACUUGUACGCCAUUGGAGGAGAAUGUUUGUUUACAGUAGAAAAAUAUGACCCUCGCAUGGACCGUUGGACCACGGUGGCCCCCUUGCCCAAGGGAGCCUUCGCAGUGGCCCAUGAAGCCACAACCUGCAGCGGAGAACUUUACGUUUCAGGAGGCUCGCUCUUCUACCGCCUUCUUAAGUACGACCCCAAGAGGGACGAGUGGCAGGAGUGUCCCUACAACAACAGCAGGAAGAAGUCCACCGACAUGGUGGCUUUCAAAAGCUUCAUUUACCGCUUUGACGUCAACCGCGAGCAUGGGAUCACCGUGUUCAAGUACAACACCAUAGUGAAAAUGUGGCAUGAUUGCGCAUCGCAGAGGCUUGGAAGUCAUUUACCCUUCAGGUGUGCUGUCAUCGGGAACUGCAUCUACUGUGUGAACAAAAGCCAGACUCUUCAGUUUGUAGUGGAGGAGGAGAACGCCUACUUUGUUGAGGAGCCGCUGAGGGCACCUCUGGAGGCAAAAGGCAUUCUUUUUCCUUUUGUUCUCACUUUGCCUGAAAAGCCUGAAAAAGUUACAUAGUGUGUGUGAUCCAGAAUAAAACUGACAGCAAAACUGAAAAUAAGCAGAAGACCUUAUAUACACUCUUCAAUGUCAGCUUUCUAUCUCUGUGUCUCAUUGCCUGCUUGCAAUGGAAUGUGUUUACUUGCAUGGCAAUUCAAUGUGUCCGCAGGGUUAAGCCUUAAAAGGAUUUUUUUUUUUUUUUUUUUUAGUGUUGAAUGAAUGCAACAAUAUUUUUACCCCACUGUAGAUAAUGACAUGAUGACCGUGACUCUAGGUGAUUUUGUGUACUUCCUGUGUUCAGUUUGGUUUGGUGCACUUUUGUAGUUAGAAUAAAUAUUACAUAGGACAUAUUAACUAGGUCACUGGUGACAUUGGUAACAAAAACAAGUGUUGAAAAUCGUGGGACAAAAAGAAUGGAAGAAGUUGUAGUGCGCUUUAUGAACGACGCAACACAGGUUCUAUGCAAAUGAGACAGAAUAUACAGGUGGGUCUGCUGUAAUGCUGUGCUACUAAUUAGUUACUAUAAUGAGAAUCUGACUUCGAGGGAAUACAGUAAUCCUCAAACUAGGGCUGCAACUCAUGAUUAACUCAUGAUUAUUUUUGGGAUUCAUUUGAUCAAUACAAUGUCAGAUAAUAAUGAAAAACUGUUAUAAUUGCCCACACCUCAAGGAGAUGUAUGCACUUGUCUUGUUUUAUAUGACCAAAAGCCAAAGAAAUCAAAUUUACUAUUCUGUAUAUUAUAAAGGAAAGCCUUGAAUGCUUAAAUUUAAGAAAACUGGCUUUUUUGCAGGAAAAAUUAUCAAUCAAAGUGAUUUCCAAUUGUUUUAUCGAUCAAGUAAUCGACUGAUGAGUGCAGCUCUACCUUGAACCCUCGUCGGCACUGCCUUGAAUUAAAGAUGUAAAUCAAAGCAUGUUGUACCUACUGAAGUAAAUUCCACAUUUUAACUCUGUAUCCCCAAGAAGCUAAACAAUUCUGGCCUGAAAUAUAAAAGAAGAGGCUCUUGACUUAGGUUUAAAAGUACAUAAAUAACAUUUAUUUUUAGACCCAGAACACACUACUCUGCUAAUGGUCCAAGUGCAUACUCACAGGGACUUUUUUAUUUGCCAAAGACACAUAACAAUUCAGUCAGGCUAAAAUAAAUCUAUUAAAGGUGACUUCUACGUCUUUUGUUGCCUAUAAAAAGUGCUCCUCUGACCUCACCGGUUGAGUUUAAAAAACUAAAGCAAUAUUUGUUUUUGUAAGAGGAAGGCCAUCAUAUGUUUGCUGCUAACAAGUACUUUCUAGGAAGUUAAGGGAAACACAGCCAUUCACAAUAACACAAGAUUCAUCUCUUAUCUCUCUGUCCCUGCUGUAUGUGUUUAAGAAAACAGCAACAUACUCAUGUUCAACUGUUAGCAGGUUUCUUCACUGACUAGGGCUGGCCAUGCUUUAGGUCAAAGGUUAAAUCAGAUACUACAAUGCUGCAGCAUGGUCAGGCACGGCCCUUACUGCUUCCACAAACAAGUUAUCCUGCUGUCAUGACACUAAUAAACCAUGUUCUUAUUGCCUCACUGCACAUUAAUACCAGUUUUGCUAUAAAUUUCCUUUUUUUAGACGUUUCACAGUAUUUGUUUGCUGCUGCAAUAACACGGUGGGACUUUUGUAUGGAAGCUAACGCUGAUAUAUUCUUGGAACAAACAAGCUUUUGAUAACGUUUGUAGAAAUGUCUCCAAGCAGUCAAUGUGAUAAGGACAAAAUGGAUGUGGUUUUGAUAUUUUGCUGGCUGGCAUCUGUAUUUUUGUGAAUUUUUUGUAUGGAUUUGGUAGUUUUGGAUCUGCUGCUGUGAUGGACAGUAAAGUAAUGCAAUGCUAAGCAAUGGCUUCUUGUUCAAGGUAUAUGGAGUGGGCUAACACAUUAGCUGUUGGAUAAUGUAUAUCAGUCAGAACUAAGUGCUUCAAAUAAAAUAUUUUGUGUCUGAAAGUGA